AUGUUGACGUUUGUACGUGUCUGGGUUGUGUAUAUUUCUGGUUCUUUUUGCCUCUACGUGUUGGUGUCUACUUCUUUUUCUCUCUCUUUCUCUUUGCAUAUGUAUGUUGGCAUCUACAUCUUUCUUUCUACCCUCUAUGCAGUGGAAUUUCUUAUUAAAAGCCUCUUUCUAUUUCUUUCUCUCUCUCUUUCUCUCUUUCUCUUUCUUUCUUCCUUUCUCAUUCUAUCUGUCUCUCUCUCUCUCUAUAUAUAUAUAUAUCCCUCUUUCUAUCUCUUCCUCUUUCUAUCUCUUCCUCUUUCUAUCUCUCCCACUUUCUAUCUCUCCCUCUUUCUAUCUCUCCCUCUUUAUUUAUAUUUCUCUCUCUUUAUCUCUUUCUCUCUUUCAUUCGGUUUCUUAAUUCGUACAUAUUCUUUUUUCCUAUCUUCUCAAUCCUUUCUAGCAUAUUAUCCUCGUUCUACGCCAUCUCACCUCUUAUUUGAUCCAUCAUUCAAUCAUAUUGCCCCACUCCACUCAUGGCCGAGCUUCUCGUUUUCACUCAUGCGAUUUUUCAUUCUUCUUUUAAAUUCUUUCUUUCUUUUUUUAUCUUAA